AGUUUAUCAUGCGGCGGAUGUCAGUCGUUCGAGUCAGCUUCUUAUCUCCAACUUGUGAACUUUGCCAAUAUAAAUCUUUAUGAUAGAACCCAAUUUCUUCUGAUUGCACUGUUUGAUCUAUGAUUAUUUUGCAGAAAAUCUUGAUUAAUAAAAUUUCUCACACAAGUAUCCCUGUUACGGCUUUGUGGGAUACAUAGUAUUUACUACAACUACGACUUUUUUUAACUUCUGCUUUCCCUCACAUGCCACUGCUAUUUUCAACACAAUUUUUUCAAACCUCUCCCACUUUUUUGUAUCUUUAUAAAGUCCCAUCAAAUUCUAUGUCCUCGUGUACUAAUCCAUUCAUCUUUCUUCUCAUAUCAUCCAUCUCUCUCUCUCUCUCUCCCCUCUAUUUUUACCUUUUUGUAUCAAUCAAUUAGUUUCUCCAAUUAGAGUAAAAAAAAAUAAAAAAUUGAUGGAUCAUCAUCAGAAAAUUAAAGUUGGUUCAAGCCAAAGAGGAGGAGGAGGAGGAGAAGAAGAAGGAGGAGAUUUUACGAACAAUAAUCAAGAAACCAGGGACGAAGAUAAUAUUAUGGACCUUCGAAGGGGUCCAUGGACUGUUGAAGAAGACUUUACACUAAUCAAUUUUAUUGCUCAUCAUGGUGAAGGUCGCUGGAAUUCCCUCGCCCGUUGUGCUGGUCUGAAGAGAACUGGGAAAAGCUGCAGAUUAAGAUGGCUUAAUUAUCUUAGGCCAGAUGUUCGACGUGGCAACAUCACUCUUGAAGAACAACUCUUGAUUCUUGAAUUGCAUUCUCGUUGGGGAAACCGCUGGUCUAAAAUUGCUCAACAUCUGCCCGGAAGAACAGAUAACGAAAUCAAGAAUUAUUGGAGAACCCGAGUGCAAAAGCAUGCUAAACAGCUCAAAUGUGACGUGAACAGCAAGCAAUUCAAAGAUACCAUGAAGUAUCUUUGGAUGCCAAGGUUAGCCGAGAGAAUUCAAGCAGCCGCCGCCGCUUCCAACCCGGUGGUGGUUUCUUCCUCCGGCCCCACCAUUACCGCCAUCCAAAAUCAAGAAAUUCAACGGCCACUAUCAAACAUGAAUCAUCCUAUGUCCGACUAUAUGCCUAUUCUGCAGGCGAAUAAUGAGAAAACAAACAGUCUUAAUUAUUCAAGCACUUCAGUUUCGUCAUCAUCUGACCUAGCUGAUGGUUGUUACAAUUUCUCAAUUAACCAAAGCAGUAAUCAGGAUUAUUCUCAAGUUAAUCAAAGUACUAAUCAGCUGUGUUAUGGGGAACCCACAGUUAGCCCCACGGGUUAUUUUCACCCUGGAUUUCUAGGGUUUCAAGAAGUGGAUCAACAAAAUAGUAGCCGAUGGAUGGACAAUUCAUGGAAUAUUGAUGACGUGUGCUUCUUACAGCAACAAUUGAACAAUGACAUGUGACAAAAACAUAGUGCUCAAAGAGUACCUUAAAAAUCGAAAGAGGUUGGAGAUUCAUAGAGAAAUAUAGUCUCAUCAUUAUCAUUCACUAAUAGCAUCUACAUUUAUUUUAUUCUUAUGCAAAACAUUUGUAGCUUUUGUGGAAAUUUUACAAUUUUCAUGUUAUGCGGAGUAGUAUCUUACGUACGAA